ACACGCAUGGUAUCACAUACGUACACAAACUACACAAUUACAUCACCACCGGUAGCACGACGAAAAAAUGACCGGCGCUAACCGUAACUCGGAACCACUAGUGCCCAAAGCUCGAGCCCUAGGCAACACCGAGCAGAACUGGUGCCGGGCCGUGUCCUCCGGCACCGGCAUCACCGUGCUAGCGCUUCAAAUGGCUAGACCACCAUCACAAGCCUCAACCCUGCACAAAAUCCUCCAAAAGCUCCAAAAUUCUCACCCUCUCCUCCGCUCCAAACUUUGCAACAACCCGACCAACAAAACCCUGUCGUUUCACACAUCCACCACCCCACAAGUCCACCUCAAAUUCCACGACGCCAAAUCAACUUUGCAUCUCCUCCACGUCCUCUCCGCCAACCACAACUCCGACAUUUCUCCGGCCCACGUGAUCUUGGAACACGAGCUCAACAGCCAGAGCUGGUCGGAUCCCAAUACCUUCCCAUGCAACGGGAUCAAUGUCAUGUUUGCAAGCCUGUACGCCGUGUCUGACACAAAAUCUGUGGUCGUUUUACGGUUCCACACGUCGAUAUGCGAUCGGACCACGGCGGUGUCGUUGCUCAGGGAACUCAUGGAGCUGGUGGAGGAGACGGAGGGCGGCAGGGCAUCAAAGGGAAUUAAAAAUGAAGGGGAGGGAGAGAUGGGGAUUGAGAGUAUGGUCCCGAGUGGGAUUGCCAAGAAGACAAUCUGGGCUCAUGGGAUGGACAUGUUGGGCUACUCGGUGAACUCAUUCAGGCUGACGAAUUUGAAGUUCAAGAAUUCGAAAUCGCCCAGGUUUUCUGAGGUUGUUAGACUACAAAUGAACAAACAUCAUACGUCCCAGAUUCUUGCUGGAUGUGAAUCUAGAGGGAUUAAACUGUGCGGAGCCCUGGCAGCUGCUGCACUACUUGCUGCACAUUCAUCUAAAUUCUCCCCUUCUGAUAAUAAGCUCAAGAAGAAAUAUGGAGUCGUCACUCUCACUGAUUGCCGCUCUAUGCUUCAACCACCUCUUUCCAAUCAUCACUAUGGAUUCUACCACUCUGCAAUCCUCAACAUCCACACCGUAAAAGGAACUGAAACCUUGUGGGACUUAGCCAAGAAUUGCUACAUGGACUUCGCACAUUACAAGAAGAUGAACAAACAAUUUUCGGACAUGGCUGACCUAAACUUCCUCAUGUCCAAAGCCAUCGAGAAUCCCAGCCUGACGCCAUCGUCGUCGCUCAGGACGUCGCUCCUGACGGUGUUUGAGGACCCGGUGCUCGACGACUCCAAUCGCAUCCAGCAGAAGAUAGGGGUGGAGGACUACGUGGGGUGCGCUUCUGUCCACGGCGUCGGCCCUUCCGUCGCUAUUUUCGACACGGUUCGCGACGGGAAGCUGGACUGCGCGUGUGUCUAUCCGUCGCCAUUGCACUCCAGGGAACAGAUGAAUGAGCUGAUCGACAAUGUUAAGAGGAUUCUGAUUGAUGCGGUAGUUGUCUGAUAUAUAUUCAUGAAUAUUUAUUAUUACGGAUUUGUAUUAUCAAGACUUUAGCGUUUAAUUCCAAUCCGAGAAUGUCAUUUAAUUACUUCAUAUUUUAUUUAUAAUAUAU